GGGGGGGGGGGGGGGUGGCCAUGGGCUAGGGGGAGGGGUCCAGGUUUGGACACUUUUAAAUCUACUAUAUUAUAUAUUUUCUUCCAAACAGAGGGCAUAAAAGUAAAUUACAUAUACAACAUAUGCAUUGCAUGAUGAAGAGCAACAAUAAAGAAUAUGUUAUUACGUAUAGUUCUCAUGCAUUAUUAAUUACGUAUAAAGUUUUUCAUAUUCUCUAUUUUAUUGUAUAUCGUUCUAAGUUUGGUUUUGAAUAACAAAUAACAAAUAAUAAUUAAUAGUGAUGAGUGAUAUUAAUUAUUAUAAUAUUGGAGUUGAAGGUGAUACAACUACUAUUCUUAGUAUUGAUGGAGGAGGAGUUAGAGGGAUCAUUCCUGGGGUCUUUCUUGAUUAUCUUGAAUCCAAACUCAAGGAACUGGAUGAUAACAAGAAUGCAAGGAUUGCAGACUAUUUUGAUGUGAUGUCAGGAACAAGUACUGGUGGUCUUAUUACCACGAUGAUAUCAACACCCAACGAUAAGGGUCGUCCUUUAUUUGCUGCCAAAGAUAUUGUCCCUUUCUACAAACAAGAAUGCCCCAAAAUAUUCUCAAACUCAUCUACCACCACAUUUUAUAAUAGUUCUUCCUAUCCAAACAACAAUAAUGGCGUUGCUGUGGAAAUGCACCUGAAACAUUCAGAAAAUUCUCAUGAAAUGAACCUGAAAAUUUCAAAGAAGGCUUCUGAUGAUGACAAUAAUAAUAAAAGUAGUUUAGGGUCACCAACCUAUGAUGGUAAUUACCUUCAUGAACUAUUAAGAAAAGUUCUUAUGGAAAAACGUCUGAGCAAUACACUCACAAAAAUGGUCAUUCUUACAUAUGAUAUCUACAAACUCUUGCCUGUGGUCUUCUCCUCUUUUGAGGUGAAUAAUGGGAAUGAAGAAUUGGAUGCUAAACUUGCAGAUAUUUGCAUUAGUACCUCUGCAGCACCAACUUAUUUGCCUGCUUAUAAGUUCUCUAACAAAAAUGUUGAAUUUAACAUGAUUGAUGGAGCUAUUGCAGCAAAUAAUCCGACUAUGGCUGCUAUAACAGAAGUAGUGAAAAGCAGAGCAAAGAAAAUUGAUAUAGAAAGAAGAAAAGGGAAAAGAAAAAGGGAAGAACAUAAUAGGGAUUUGGUUGAUUCUCCUCAUCUUCUUGUACUCUCAUUAGGAACAGGUGCUGCAAAGAAUGUGGGGAAAUAUGAUGUUGACACAGUUAACAAUUGGUCAGUUGUUAAUUGGAUAAACGAUCCUAUUUGGAAUUUGUUUGGGAAUCCAGAUCGUCCAAUCCUUGAAAUAUUGUUAGAUGCAAAUGCAGAUAUGGUUGAUCACUACACUACCAUGUUUUUUAACUCUUCUCAUAAUCAGGAAAACUUUCUUCGUAUUCAGGAUUCUACAUUACCAAAAGAACUUGCAGCCAUGGAUAACGCAAGCCCUGAAAACAUGGAUAAAUUGGAGCAGUACGCCAAAGACAUGUUGAAGAAGCCAGUUACGCGCCUCAGUCUACCUACCUCUCAGCGUAUUAUUGUCGAUCAAAAUCAAACUUACCAACUAGCACUCGAUAAAUUUGCAGAAAAGCUUAUUGCCAUAAAGAAAAGUCGAGCCAAAUUAGCCGACUCGCAAGACUAAGCAAUGGUGUUGUCUUAAUAGUUUUAAUAAAGCUAUGAUAUUUUAGUAUACAUGUGAUUUGUCAAAAAUAACAUACUUUGAAGUGUUGUGUAUUUAUUUAUACUCAAAUCCAACUUAAAUUUUUAAGCAAA